UGUUCAGUGCUCCAGGUUGGGUGCCUAAUCACCAUUUUAAACCUUUGAUAGUAUAUUGUCAGUUCCUCGAUGCAAGGAGAUCAUCAGGCUCGACGAUUCAUAUCAGGUCCUCCGCAGUUGCCACCUCUGUUUGAAGGACAACAGAUCCAAACAGUGAGCAGUGAAAAUGGGCCAUAUACUGUUAACGUUACGGCUGAAAUGGUAGCAGAGAGAGAACGAGAGAACGAAGAAUUGUACAGAGCAUGGCUCGAGCAUCAACAGAGGUUGGCAAUGGAGCCUGAUGCAGAUGAAUCCGAUUAUGUAGGAGAGUUUAAACAAUCAGCCGUGAGAAGAAUGUUUAUUAGAAAAGUCUUCUGUAUCCUAACGCUUCAGUUAUUAUUCACAGCCUGCGUCAUAGCAUUUUUUCUCUUCGUAGAUGCCGCGAGAAAAUUCAUGAUUAUACAUUGGUAUUUUUGGAUUAUAGCUUUGGUAUGCUUUACCAUUUCAUAUUGUGCCGUAUCUUUCUCUGAACGUGCUAGGCGUAAACCACCUUAUAACUACAUAUGGCUAUGCAAAUUGACAUUGGCAAUGUCGUAUUUAGCUGCUUUCGCGUCUUCUUUUUACGAGAUCGAAAUCAUAUUCAUGGCUUUGAGUAUGACAACGUUAAUUACAUUUGGGGUAGCUCUACUAGCAACGUUUGCAAAGUUCGACUUAACGAUGAGAACAGGAAUUAUGAUGAUCAUUGGAUUGGGUUCGAUCGUUAGUAUCGUCGUGAUGAUGAUAGUAUUGAUGUUUACCUACAUAAGAGUGUUACACAUAGUGAUCUCUAUUAUAGGAAUGAUCUUACUAUCUUUGUAUUUAUACUUCGAUGUGCAAACGAUUAUGGGUGGACGGAGGAUAGAGUUAUAUCCAGACGAAGUUGUAUUUGCAUCGGUCCAAAUUUAUGUUGACAUUAUACUGUUAUACCAGUACGUACUAAUGUUCAUGGGCCUGAUUUAUAAACGUUAAAUAUUCGUGACGAUAGCGACAUUACAUUGCAUCAUUUUAUACAGUAUUAUUUGUUGUUAUUGAUUCAUAGUUAUGAAAUUAAUAAAGGCGAUAACAAGAA